GAAGGGAAGUGGCUUCGACAGGUUUGGGCUACUUAUGGAGUUAUGGUUGUCCCAAUUGAGCAUCCUGAUUUGAUUGGCCUGCGUUUGAAUAGGAUGGUGUCGAUGUAUACCAGUCUCUGGUUGAGGAAGUGCUUGUCAUCUGGCCUUAUUAUUUUCUCAUUUGAGGAUGACAUCCCUAAAGUUAUGGGGUUUAGCAGCAGUGGGUAGUGCCAAGAAUACUGGGCCUGGUGAGCCUUAUGAGGAGGAGGGGAAUGCUGACUAUGAGCUGGAGAAGGAUUUUAGGGAAAGCUCUUAGUUGAAGAAUUGGUGGCAGGGCCUUUGCAGUGAGCUAGAAAUUUGGUUCGUCUUCCAGGGGUGGAGUGUUGGGACAAUUUCUGAAAGAGGAUGGAGAUAAGAGUUGUUGGGAUUUGGGAAGGACCAAACAAAUGUGUUGUCAAGGACAGGAAAUUGCCCGUGGGCAUGGAAUUCUUCUUAGGAGGCUUUCUAUUGUCAAUUCAUCUGCUAAUUCACAGGAAUGCACUUACGACCAAUUUGUCAUUUCUUUGAAAACAUGCUCGAGGAAGUGAAUAGAUGAUUUAGUGACUUCAUCUGGGAAUGCAACAACCAACAUAUUCAUAAUACUAAUUCAGGUGAAAAUGUUGAUACCAAGUUCUCUUCCUAAUUCAACUGAAGCAGCUUUAUCUUUUGUAUCUGACCAUGGGAAACCAGACUUAUUAUGUGAUUGGCUGCCCGGUGCUGAAACUUGGCAGAAGUGUCUACAAUGUGAGGGACAUCAUCUGGAUGCAUGCAGAAGAUCUGUUUCAACAAAGGAGAAAAAAGAGAGUGCUGAUGAUUCCUAUUCUUUAAUUGAACCAAGAACCUGUUCCAAGAUAUUAACUGUGAGCACCAUGUGUGCAAGUUCUGUGCCAAAUUUGGUGUACAAGCGAAGGAAUCUACAGAAUAAAUCUGUUGCAAUUUUUACCACUCAGUCAGGGUCAAACACUAAACCUACAGGUGUUUGUCUUUCCUCUGUAAGUUCUGAGGGGCCUUCACCACCAGCAGAGAAGGAGCAUGUUGGUUCUCAGAUCAACACCGGAAUUGGUGCUGUCAAAGAUUCUGUUAUACCUGCAGAUUUAUGCAAUGGGGAACUUGUUGGUGGAGAUGCUUCAACUUGCCAGCAGCUUUGUAAAAGGAUUGACUACAAUUGUGGUUUUGAUGUUAAUUCCAAGGCCGAGUUUGUUGUUCCGGUUGGAGAAGAGCCUGGGGUUGAUGAAGCACCCUGCAAUAGUGUAUGCAAAUGUGCUUUAGAGUACUACAGCGUAAAUGAUAGUUGCUCAUCAUCAAAAUCAAAUACGGAUCUUGGAUCAGCUUCUCCAAAGAUUGAAGUGGACGAUAUUGGGGAAUGCUCCUCUUCUGAUAUUCUAAGCAGGGAAGUCCUGGCAGAAGAUCAGUUGGAAAAGGAACUAUGUAUCUCUAUUCUCAGAAACCAUGGGCUGCUUGAAGGAGGUUUGCCUGUUGCUCCUUGUGCCGCUGUUGAAGUCUUGGGUGUCAGUAAUGAUGGAAACUGUUCUCAGCCAUGCAAAGUAUGCGGUUUUUCACAAAAUCCACAAAAUAUGCUAAUUUGUGAUCAUUGUGAAGAGGCGUUUCAUGUAUCUUGCUUGAAUCCCAAGGUAAAAAAGCCACCAGUUGAUGACUGGUUUUGUCAACCAUGUUUAAAAAGAAUGCGUAAGCUUGAGAGUGCAGCUAGGAAAUCAUCUGAAUCUCGAAAUAGGGCUUCUAAAGGUGAUUCAGGGCCUAUAUCCUUAAUGUUGAGAGACAUGGAGCCAUAUAGAUCUGGUGUUCGGGCUGGUAAAGGUUAUCAAGCCGAUGUUCCUGACUGGACUGGUCCAGUAUCCAAUGAUGUUGAUUGUUUUGGUGAGCCACAAGAAAUAGAUCUUGCCGAGUGCAUUAGUUCGCAUGUUUGCAACUCAAACAAGCCUACACCCAAGUCCAUAGGUAAUUGGCUUCAAUGCCAAGAGCCUCUAUACAAUGAUGCCGGAGAAGCUAUUGAGGGAACUAUUUGUGGCAAAUGGCGCAGGGCUCCACUUUUUGAAGUUCAAUCGGAUGACUGGGACUGCUCCUGUGCUGUUCGUUGGGAUCCUAUCCAUUCUGACUGUGCUGUUCCGCAAGAACUGGAUACUGAUCAAGUUCUAGUGCAUCUGAAAUAUAUAGAAAUGUUGAGGCCACGAUUGGCUGCUAAAAAGCGGAAAUUGAGUCGCAGUAUGAAUGAAGAGGACGAGAAAGUUUAGUGUUAGAUUUUGAUGGUAAUGACUUGAGUAUUAUGUUUGUAUACAUCUUGCCUUGCAUUGUAUUAUGUAUAUUGCCAUUCUUUCCUCUUCCCCCCCCCCCCCCCAAAAUGAUGUGUUAACCAUCAUACAACUUUCACAAUUUUGUAUGGCCAAGAGUCAACCGAUGUUGUAACGAAAUGACUAGUAAAUUACAGUAUAAAAUGCUGUAAAA